AUGAGCUACUCAAUCGAACAAGAAGCAUCCAGAAUCUUGCACGAAGUCCUGCUUGCAGACCCUGCUCUCGACCUAGCAACAACCAUUGUUGAGGCUGCUAAGAAAGUCCAUUUCACGGGCAACAGAUCGAAACCAUUCGUGCCUGCACCUGUAAAACUCACAGAGUCUUCGGCCUCGUUGACCGCUCUGGUUGCUGCUGCAGCUAGUGCGAUUGCUGAGGCCAGGUACGGCAUUGGCUAUCAAGACAUUGAAGUCAACACAGACGCCGCGACGCUGUUUCUCGAGUCCGUUUUACUCCCAACAAUCAAUGGUAGAUCAUAUGGAGAAUCGCAGGAGAUGAUGAAGGAACUGUCGAAGAUGGACUUGCAUGAUAUGGUAAGCCCGAUCAGACGUUACGCCACCUCGAUCUAUCAGACAAAAGAUGGCCGUUGGUUCCAGCUGCAUGGAUCCAUGAAUGCAGAUCGCACAAUGGAAAUGUUGGGUGUCAAAAUGCAGAAAGUUACACGCAAAGAAGCAGCUCAAAUCUACAAAGAAAAAGUCGCACAAUGGGAUUCACAUGAAAUAGAGAGAGUAGCAAAUGAUGAAUCCCGACAGGCAGGAGUCAUAUGCUACACACCAGACGAAUUCUUCAAGAGCAAGCAAGGCAAGAUCAUGGGAAAGGAGCCCCUCUGGACAGCGAAGCCUAUACCAGGUCCUAGGAAACAGUGGCCUUCAUGUUCUGAUUUUGACAAUGAAUACAAACCACUGAAAGGCAUACGAAUCAUCGACUACUCCCGCGUAAUUGCAAGUCCAGCAAUCUCAAAGAUACUUGCUGUGCUUGGCGCAGAUGUCAUAAGGGUUUCGUACAGCGAGAUCCCAGAGUAUGCAACUACAAUGGUUGAUCUGCAGACUGGAAAACGCGACGUCAAUCUGAAUCUCAAGACCCCUGAGGGCAAGGCAGCGUUUUCUCAACUACUCCAGGGCGCAGAUGUGCUAGUGGAUGGGUACCGCCCAGGUGUGCUCGAGCGAUUGGGUUUCACGUCGACUUCGAUGCGCAAGAUCAACCCUUCGCUUAUAUACAUGAGGGAGAACUGCUAUGGGUUCAAGGGUCCUUUGGCGAACCGCUCAGGUUGGCAGCAGAUCAGCGACUGUCUCGUCGGCAUCGCUUACCUGCAAGGCCAAUUCCUAGGACUGGAUCAUCCUGUGAUUCCUUUGUUUCUCGCUAAUCAUUUCAUAACCAAUUCUGACUACCAGACUGGCCUGGUUGGUGCCGCCGCCAUACUUCAGGCUCUCAUCAAGCGAACGACGGAAGACACAACUUAUGAUAUCGACAUCAGCCUCACUCAAUACAACAUCUGGUUCUACCGCCUUGGAACAUACUCUGAGGCACAGCGAAAAGAACUCGUAGAGCAGGAUCCAGAUUUCCACCCACACCAUUUGGACGACAUGACAAUACUAACUCGAAAAACUCACAGUUCUUUGGUCAAAGUGCACCCACAACUUGUCCAACCAGAGUACUUUUGGGAAAUGGACGGUAGCGAAUGGGGUAUCAAGGACCCGAUCAAGAUCUUGGCACCGGCCUUUAAAUUUUCAAAAUCUAAGCUAGAGUACAUGCACCCGUCAGGCCGUCGCGGUCGAUCAAAGGCUAUGUUGUAA